CCUCACGCGGUGAGGGGAACGAGGAUGCGACGAAGAGUAAUGGGAUGUCCCCUCGGGAGGUGCCCACGGGUCAGCCCACCCCGCCACCUACCGCCCUCUCACAUCAAACCACGCGAGGCGAGGCUGGAGUCACCUUUGACUGAGAUGUUCUCCUUCUUGACGGGACACGCGCACCCACACACACACAUACACGCGCGCACACACACACGCACAGUGAGCGCGAUGGCACAGCGGACAAUACUUCUGUUGUCUGUCUAUGGAGUUCUGCGUGGACAAGGGAUUAGGGCUCCUACUGAACAGGAGUGCUGUCAGGAUGGGAGGAAUUCGGCCAAGAGAGGACCAUACUGUAUCCUCCCAUAUAUAUCUUACUCCCACACCUGCAGGAGAGGAUUGCCACAUAGUCACUACACAGUGAGGACAUGGCGUUAACUGCCCCCCUGGAGCAUUUUAAACCCUAAAGGGCCCUGUUUGAGUGUAAGAAUGUGGAGGCUGUGAUUGAUGAAAUAGAGGAACACCUGGUCAACACUUGGAGGAUCGCCCAGGAGCAGUGCUGUGCGGCAGCAGUAGAAGACCGACUCUGUGAAAAGGGCAUCGAGAUGUCCAAGGAGCCAUCGGUCUGUGUGAAGGCCUUGUUCCAAGGACAAGCCUGGCAAAAAGAAAAGUCUAAGAUGUGCUGUGACUGCUGUAAGCUUGGCCUGCUGACAGCGAGCCGGGGCUCGAGCUGCGAGCUGCAGGGUUUGUUGAUGGGCACAAAGUGUUUGUACACAGCUAAAGACUGCUGUGGCAAAAACACAACAGCAGAAAUCCAACCGGAGAUUCAGCUUCCUACUGAACAGGAGUGCUGUCAGAAUGGGAGGGAUUGGGCCCAGGGAGGACUACAAUGUACAAACCUCGGCCUCUCAUUAACUUCCCUCACCUGCAGGAUCGCCCAGGAGCAGUGCUGUGCGGCAGCAGUAGAAGACCGACUCUGUGAAAAGGGCAUUCAGAUGGCCAAGGAGCAAUGGGUCUGUGAGAGGCCCUUCUUCCAAGGAGAACCCUGGGAAACCGAAAAGUCUAAGAUGUGCUGUGACUGCUGUAUGCUCGGCCUGGUGAGUGAAAGCCGGGGCUCGAGCUGCGAGCUGCAGGGUUUGUUGAUGGGCAGAAAGUGUUUGUACACAGCUAAAGUCUGCUGUGGCAAAAACACAACAGAAGAAAUCCAACCGGCACCAGUGACAGAAAAGCCUCAAGCCAGCGUUACCCCUAAGCCUGGGGAGGAAUUGGACCCCUGUAUAGACACCCUCUGCUCCCAGUUGUGUGAAGGUAAUGGUACAUGUGCGUGCCUUGCUGGAUAUCAACUGGACAUUGAUGGAGUGAAUUGUGAAGAUGUUAAUGAGUGCCUGACUGACAGUCACAACUGCGUCAUAGACCAAGUUUGCAUUAACACAGAGGGUUCGUUCCACUGUCAGAGGGAAACCAGCUGUGGCCCCGGGUAUGAACUCAAGGACGACAACACUUGCCAAGACAUAAAUGAGUGUGCUUUGGAGACACAUAACUGUGGACCAGACCUUUUUUGCAACAACACAGAAGGCUCGUUCCUCUGCCGCCCAAAGGUGGAGUGCUCAGGCGGUUUCAUUCGGGACGCCGUCGGCAGCUGUAUCGAUGUAAACGAGUGUGAGGCCCAUACCAGUUCAUGCCCGCAUGGGCCAGACUUGUAUCAACACAUUGGGCUCUACACUUGUCGCAGGUCCACAGUACCCUGUGGACGCGGCUAUCGUCUAACUCAGGACGGCUCGCGUUGUGAAGAUGUGGAUGAGUGUCGUACAGGGAAUGUGUGUGUCGGCCAAGGUUGUCUCAACCUGGUGGGCACGUACCGCUGUGAAUGCAAAACUGGCUUCACCUUCAACAGUUUCAACAAACUGUGUAAAGAUACCAAUGAGUGCAGGCAUUAUCCCGGACGACUCUGCGCUCACAAGUGUGAGAACACACCAGGGUCCUACCAGUGCAGCUGCAGCACUGGCUUCAAACUGUCCCCUGACAAAAGAAACUGUGAAGAUGUCAACGAGUGUGAUGCCGACUCUUGCAGCCAGGAGUGUGCAAAUGUCUAUGGCUCGUACCAGUGCUACUGUCGCCGUGGUUACCAGCUGAGUGAAUUUGAUGGGAUAACAUGUGAAGAUAUUGAUGAGUGUGCUCUGGCGCUUGGAGGUUAUGUGUGUUCCUACCACUGCUCCAACGCCCAAGGAAGUUUUUACUGUAACUGCCCACCCACAGGCUACACACUCGCAUACAAUGGACACACAUGCCAUGACAUUGAUGAAUGUGCAGUCGGGAGCCAUACCUGUUCUUUCUCUGAAAACUGCUUCAACAUCCAGGGAGGAUUUCGCUGUCUGUCCUUCCGAUGUCCUCAAAACUUCCGGCAAGCAGCGUACAGAUUGACAAAAGAUGAUUUAGUCGUUGGGCGUUGUAUUAAGGUCUGCAAACCUUACGACACCGGCUGCAAUCUCGAUCCCGUUCACUUCGUCACCCACACCGCCCUCUCUCUGCCGACCAUCAGAGACUUCAAUGGACCAAAAGAAAUAGUUUCCCUGCAGACAGCUGCAGUGGCUAACAAUGCUCAUCUACACGGUGCCACCCAAGUUUCCUUCGACAUCCUGGUUGCAGAUGACCGGUUCUCUUUUGAUGUGGUUAAGCGGUCAUACAAUGGCAUGGUUAUGGGUACGGUUCGUCAGGUGAAACCUAUCGUUGGGCCCAGGGACAUUGUGUUGGAAGUGGCUAUGAACUAUGUCAAGUCAGGGCAUCUUUCCCAUCGCAACAUUGUCGUCAUCAAUGUCUUCAUCUCUAAGUUCUGGUUCUGAGCUAAGGAAUUGAACGAUACAGCAUUAGCUAUACAGCACAAUUGGCAGACAUUUUGAAUAUCUGGAGGCGCCACACUUGCUGGACAUUUAAAACCUCUGUGUGUGCAAGAUUAGAUAAACCAGUGGAUUUGGUCCAUUUGCAAGUGUUUAGUGAUAAAGUUACAGAAUCAGUUUGCAACCCAUUCAAGUCAUAGGUAUUUCAUAAUUUCAACACAAUGUAUACAAAUGAAACACAAACAAGUUAUCAAAAGAUACAGGACUAAUAUUCUGCAGGACUGCUAACAAGUGUUAAUAAGGGGAGGCUAAUGGACAACAAUUGAAAUGUAAAAUGUUGGCGGCAUGAGAUAAAAACAUUGAUGUUAUAGAUUAACAGGGUGCUUUCAUCUCCGUCACCACAGUUCCAGUCUAACAUGCAUUCUGAUGUUGUUGUCACGAGUGCCAUUAUGACAGACCAAUGGCUGACCUUAAUGGCACGGUUUAAUAUUUGUUCCAUUUCAUCUGCAUUGAGAGACCACAUGUGACAUGCUCCAUUUGAUAAUAAAAAGCUUAAUCUAUG